CCCACGACGGCCGGGGGGAGGGGCGCGGAGCGUUGCGGGGCCCACGCCGCCUGGCGGUUCGCGCGUUGCGCUCGCCGGGAUCCCGAGGCUCCCGUCGGUCCCGCAGGGCCGGCCCGUGGUGGGAUUGGGGUUCGGGGUCCCGAAGAGCAGGCGCGGGAGGCGGCGCAGCCUGGCCAGGCAGGAGGUCGGGCCCAGCACUGUCCCCAGGGGCUGGACGUCUAAGCUCGAACCCUCUUGCCUCGGCGUCUCCUCCAGGGCCGCCAGACACCUCUGAAGAGCCAUGUUCCAAGCUGCCGGAGCCGCCCAGGCCACCACCCCCUCUCAUGAAGCCAAAGGCAGCAGUGGCAGCAGCACCGUGCAGCGGUCUAAGUCCUUUAGCUUGCGGGCUCAGGUGAAAGAGACCUGUUCGGCCUGCCAGAAGACUGUGUACCCUAUGGAGCGGCUGGUGGCGGACAAGCUCAUUUUCCACAACACUUGUUUCUGUUGCAAACACUGCCACACCAAACUCAGCUUGGGCAGUUAUGCUGCAAUGCACGGUGAAUUUUACUGCAGACCUCACUUUCAGCAGCUGUUUAAGAGCAAAGGCAACUACGAUGAGGGGUUUGGUCGGAAACAGCACAAGGAGCUCUGGGCCCACAAGGAGGUGGACUCAGGCACCAAGACAGCCUGAGUCCCCCUUAACAUCCAUUCCCUCCCAGCACAUGGCCUCCAGCUGGGCAGAGGGAAGGAGGCUAACCUGGGCUUGGGGGAGCUGGGUGGGAAAGGAUGAGACUCCCUCAGGUUUCAGGCCUAAGGCUCCGCUCCAGGAUUCCUUACUUUUCCCAGAGGAGGUUGGCGUUGGGAACCAGAUUGGAAAUUUCACCAUGCUGCUUCCUUUAGCCCACCUCACCUCACCCCAUGGCUCCCUGGGAGGCCCACAAGCCCAGCUUCCUACUUAGGUGCCUUUUCUCCAGCAAGGAGUCAGCAUGCCCUCCUCAGGGUCCCAAGCUCCCUCACUGCCACCUGGGCCUUGUGUACCCCCUUGUCUCCCCAUCUACCUCUGCCCCUUAGCCUGGUUAAGAGCCACAGAGACUGGAAGAGGGAGAGUGCCAUCUGCUGGGCCUCACAGAUGCCACCUCGCUGGGGGAGGGGAGAGGGCUGGGGAAGAGGCCAGCCAGCCUGCAGCCUUCAGGGUCUGGGAAGGGGGCCUUGCACCACAAAGCUAAAGCUCUUGCUAGAGCCUCAGCUGACAGGGUCGGCAACAGCUAUGUUCCCCCCCUGUUGUGCUGUUCUGACUUGUGAUUGACCCUGUUUUAAAAAAUGUUUGAACAGAUCUUGACUCUAUUAUGUGGCCUGAUGAGGGGCUUUGUGGCAGGUAUGCAGCAGACUCGUCACAGGGAGGGGAGUGGGGGAUAGCCCAUAAUACUCCUGGCCUUGAAGGGGCUGGGGGAUGGUUGUCAAAGAAGUAUUACCCAAAAAAACCCUGAUCUUUGCCACCUUGGGGUGUUGUCAAACCUGAAAUCCCACUGUGUACCCUCUUCCCAGAGAAGCCAGGCACACUGACUCAACAACAUAACUGUUUUUGGUUUCUGAGACAGGGUCUCACUGUACCUUUGAUUGGCCUAGUAUACUCAGAGAUCCGCCUGCCUCUGCUUCCAAAGUGCUGUGAUUAAAGGCGUGUGUCAUCCA